AUGUCUUUUCCAUGGAAGAAGUUGAAGAAGACAAGUAUAUCUCAAUUGGUGAAGGACCAUGUUCAUUCUCAAUCUCCUUUCAUGGUGGAAACUGGUUUCCCCUCUUCCCUUGUGGAUCUUUUUGUCAAGAAUCGUCGAAAGUUCAUGAAAUCUUCCAAGAAAAAGAGGGCUCCACCAGUGGUGGCUGAGCCCCCUUUAAGCUCUCUUUCGACUUCACCUUCCCCGGUAUGUUGCAUAAUUGAGAGGUCUGAGUUAAAGGGGUGUCAGGAAAAAGAUGAAAGAUUUGAUCUUGAUGAAGCUGUUGAUAAAAAUAUGGUGUUUAUAGCGCUUCUGAAGGUCUUUCUGGUGGUGGUUUUGGUUUUAGGAACAAAGAAGCUUGUAAUGGGAAUGACAAUGUCAGCUUUCUUGUUGUACUUCUUUGAGUAUUCGGGUGAACGCGUAUAUAGAUGGAUCAUGCCUGUUGCAGGAGCACAAAGGAGGAGUCUUUCGAUGGUACAGCAGGUUUGGAGAUCCUCUGGAGUCAAAAUGGUUGAGUUAGAAGAAAAAGAUCGCGUUUUUAAAGCGCAAUUACAGCAAGAAGAGUUAAGUUCCUCUGAGUCCAGUAGGUAUGAUAAUCUGAUACGUGAAGGAAUAGACUCAACAGAAGAAGAAUUGAGAAGUGACUUGUUGGAAUCCAAGAGAAAGAAAUCUCAAAAAUCAAAGAUCAAGAGAUUUAUUGCAAAGAAGUUCAGAAGGAAGACGAUAGCAAUAAGCGAAAGUGAUGUUAAAACUCAGGAAAAGGAUAAACUUGAUUGUCAAAAGAGUCCUGAGAAAGUGCUUGAUGCAACAACUGUGAAGGUGUCUAGUUUAGCCAGAAAAGAGCAGAGUUCAGCAAGUAUUGACCUACUUUUGGUUGUUCUUGUUGGCCUUAUCGGAGGCCGGAUUUUCGCGCUUGUGUUUACAGUAACAUGGUGCAUGAUGUCAAAACAAGUUUUGCUCAAAACUUUAGUCAGAAUUUUUCAACUUAUUUGUAGAAAGCUGUGA